CCCCGUGCGCCCGUCUCGGGCCGCCUCGAAUCACAGCCCUGUUCCCGCUCAGUCUCCUGGGCAACGCCGCGGCCCCGCCCCACCAUGGCGCCGGAGGAGAGAGCGGAUGCCGCGCGCCUGUUGCGGGGUUUCGAGCGCAGCUUCUUGGCGGCGCGCGCCCUGCGCUCCUUCCCCUGGCAGAGCCUGGAAGAGAAACUAAGAGACUCGUCAGGCUCUGAACUGCUGCUGGAUAUUUUGCAGAAGACCGUGAAGCACCCUCUGUGCGUGAAGCACCCACCAUCAGUGAAGUAUUCCCGGAGCUUUCUCUCCGAGCUCAUCAGAAAGCAUGAAGCUGUCCACACAGAGCCGUCAGACGAGCUGUACCAGGCGCUGGCCGAGGUCCUGACGGCCGAGGAGCCCGCCCACUGCCACCGGAGCUAUCUGCUGCCUUCGGGUGACUCGGUCACCCUCUGCGAGAGCACAGCCAUCGUGUCUCAUGGGACCACAGGCCUGGUCACGUGGAACGCCGCACUCUACCUGGCCGAGUGGGCUGUGGAGAACCCAGCGGUCUUCACUCACAGGACGGCCUUAGAACUUGGCAGCGGAGCCGGCCUCACGGGCCUGGCCAUUUGCAAGACAUGCCGGCCCAGAGCGUAUGUCUUCAGCGACUGUCACAGCCGCGUCCUGGAGCAGCUUCGAGGGAACGUCCUUCUCAACGGCUUCUCUUUGGAUCCAAGCAUUGACGCCUGGGCGCAGCACCCGGGACCACAUACCCCCGAGGCAGAGCGCCCCCGGGUGGCGGUGGCCCAGCUGGACUGGGACACGGUGACGGCACCGCAGCUUGCGGCCUUCCAGCCGGACGUCGUCCUUGCUGCAGACGUGCUGUAUUGUCCUGAAACGGUCCUCUCCCUGGUGGGGGUCCUGCGGAAGCUCUCCACCUGCCAGAAGGACCAGCGGGCUCCUGAUGCCUACGUUGCCUUCACCAUCCGCAACCCGGAGACGUGCCAGCUGUUCACCACGGAGCUGGGCCGGGCUGGGAUCCCGUGGGAAGAGGUGCCUCGUCACAACCAGAAACUGUUUCCCUACGAAGAGCACUCAGAGAUGACGAUUCUGAAACUAACGCUGUAGCUUUUCCAGAUGGUUCUGAAGGACAGCCCGAAAAUCAGAUCACUGUCCUGGAAAGAAUCUGAUAAAACUUCCACUGGACUUGAAUGUUUGAAGGAUGUUAAAUUCUGAAUCCGGAACCAUAAAGUGUUCUAACAAAAUAUAAACUGCUCGAGAGUGUGGGUA